AUGAUAAAAAUCUGUAUAGAUUUUAAUCCUAUGGGAACGGACUUAGCAUUUAAUGGUGUGGAGCGCCUAUCUGUUCGUUCUAUUACACUUCAUUCCUCAAAUGAAAAAAAUUGCUUAGAAAACAAGUACAGCGAAUUUUUUAAUCAUAAAUCAAAGAAGACUAAUCAAAUGGAUGAGAACUAUCAAAAAAUGCAAGAAAUGAAGAAUUUAGCAUACCUUGCUAUGCAGAAUAACAAAGUGUUUGUUUGUAAUGGACCAUAUGCAUCUUUGCGCAAAACUUUACGUAGAAGAGGAUGGGUUGAGCAACGGUUUAAAGCAAUCAAUUCAUUAACUCAAGAAUGUCCAGAUUCAGAGUUAAAUGAAGAUACAUUUGGUGAAAAUCUAAAUGAUCAAUAUUUUGAAAUUAUGUCAUGGCUGGUUAGAAAUGCUGUUCCUACAUUUAUAUGGAAUGACAUUGGCUUUCGUUCUUUGCAUAAGGAUCAAAUAAUAAAUCAUUACACUUGUGCUUGGGCAUUUACUUCAAAAUCAGGCUUAUGCUCACAUCUCAGAAAUCUCCAUCACUUUGAUGAUCUUAAUGCCAACAGUUUUUUUCCUAGAUGUUAUAGACUUUGUUGUCAGCACGAAAGAGAUGAAUUUAUUGAUGAUUUUAGAAUAACAGCAGCUCAAGAACUGUUAAAAAUUGUUGUCGGAGAAAGUGAGAAAUGGGCAUUAAUUAAAAAUUCUGAAAAUGUUAGUAUGGAAAAUAUGUCUAAAUCUAUCAAACAAAGUUUGUCGCCAAUGCUCCUUGAAAUAGCCAUAAAAGCUUGUCAUUUAUAUCUUGAAAGCAAAGCACAUCUGGAUAUUGAAGAAGACUAUAACGAGCAUAUAAGUGAUGAUUUAUGGAAUUCACUUUUAGAAUAUUAUUACAAAGUAGCAAGAAACGAUUUCUAUAUUGAAAAUGGAUGGCAGUAUCAAAAUGAAUGCAAAACUGUUUUAAACGAACUAAGCAGCUACUUUCCUCAGAUGAAAAUUGAUGGUUGCCAAAACCUAUGGGUUUUGAAGCCUGGUGCAAAAUCUCGAGGUAGAGGUAUUGAAAUUAUGAAUUGUUUGGAUACCAUCCUCAAACUUUCAAGUGACAAUGUUUCCAAAAAAGAAAAUUGGUUGGUUAUACAAAAGUACAUUGAGAAAGCUGUCGCUAUCAUCUACGAUCUGCUAAUAGCUGCUAAUCUUCAUGUACCAAAUCAUUCUUCUGUAAAAUAUGGUCUAAAAUCCAUAAAAUACCAAAGUGGGUUGCAGCCUCAGUAUCCCCAAGUAAACUCUUCGUUCAUCAUUGCUAAUUUGCAAUAG